AUGGGAGGGACAAACAGUGGGAAGAGGAUCAGGGAUUCUCUUGGCUUUUCCAAUAUUGUGGGCAAGUUGAAGGAAGAUGUCGACACGAAACAAGUCAACUUGGCGUCUGUCGCUGCUUGCUUCUUGACUGGAUUCACGAGCUGUAAUUCGUUCACGGCAUGCUACAUCUGGUGCGGGUUUCAAACUGGUAACGUGGCUCAACUUGGACUGGCUCUUGCGAGGAAUCUCAAUCCUCCGCCAUACAAGACCAUCGGAUUUCAAAAACCAGAUCAACAAGCUUUGACAUCAUUACUAUGUUUCAUCUUGGGGACAUCUCUUGGCCGACUUGGAGAUCGAAUUGGAUCAAAGUCAAGAUUAUGGUUGAUGCUCGCUAGCUUCACUCAGGCUCUACUAUGCAUGGCUGGAGCCCUGGCAGCUCAUUUUUCUGGUCAAUCAGGAAUAGCAUUGGAGCGGGAAUUCCCAAGCUGGACAAAUGCUCUCGGCUUGACUGCUUUGGGCUUCAUCUCGGCUAGUUUGGGUAUACAGGGUAUCGUCGGAAAGCGUUUAGGCAGUCCACUCAAUACGACCAUCGUCCUAACCACCACGUGGGUCGAGCUCGCCAAUGAUCCCCUUUUAUACUCUCUCAAGCCCGUCACAUCACGAGACGUGCGAGCCGCAGGUGUCUUUGGUGUGUUCUUUGGAGCGUUCGUCGCGAGAGCAUUGCUCGGAACGCGGUGCGGGGUACCUGGAACACUGGGUAUAUUGGUCGGGUUCAGGAUCAUUCAAAUGUUUUCUUGGCUGUUCAUCCCAGCUGCGAAGAAGUGA